AUGAAGUUCGCAAUCCUCGCAGCCCUCGUCGUCCUGGCCGUCGCCGCGCCCCCGACCAUGCCUCCCACCGAAGACGAAGAACUAAUCGUCACCAAGAAGUUCUUCCCCGACUCCCACGCCAUCUACACCGGCCACCACGACAUCAUCGACAUCGUCGUACCCUUCAACGAGAUCAACUUUUCCGAGGACAGCAAUGUCAGCGAUGAACAGAUCGACGAAACUAAACUUAACAUCUUCUUCGUUGAAGCUGAUGUCAAAGACGAUGGAAGUUACGAUUACAAAGGAUUGUACACCUACAAGAAAGGCGUAACCAAGAAGGUGCUUGAGAACGGACAGUGCACCACUUACGCAAAGAAGAAUAUCGUCUACUUCGGCGCUAGCGACGGCAUCUACAAGUACAACGAAGCAGAUCAGACUGCGACCAAAUAUGGUACCGUUACUGACAGCGUCAUCAGAAUGGCUGUUGAUACUGAACAUGUUAACGUAUAUUACUUGACCUCAGACUACGUUAUGUACAAAUAUGAUGAAGAUGAGAAAAUUGCCACUAAAGUUGAAGCAGUUAAGGACGCUAGAGACUUGGUUAUAGACUGGGACGGUAUCAUGUUCUUCUACGACGGCAACCACCAAUUCUACACUUACAACGGCCAGCGUGUCCUUAAAAUCGAGGGUCUCCCCGCUCAUCCCGCUAAAGUAGCACUCGUCAGGCCUCCACCUAUGAUCAACCAGGUUUACGCCGUUAUUGACGGCCGUCUUUAUAAGCUGAACUUCAACGGUACCAGCGAAAAGGGGGCAAUAAAGUUCCAGUCUGAACCAACCGCCUAUGCCCCAGAAACUCUUCUGUACCAAUACUACGCGUACAAGCAGAAGAUUUACUUGUAUAAACUGGAUAUGGUGUUCGCUGAAAAGAGCUUCGAAGAACUGAAUAAGUUCUUCGAAGAUAAACAGGAAGAGAUCAACACUUUCAAGAACACGAAGCUUUCUAGCCGUUUGUAAUCUGUUCCGACUGAA